AUGAAGCGCGAUUGGACCACCGUUGCUGUGAUUGCGGCUGUGCUGCUCGCCGCAGUUGCUCAUGCCGGCAAGCAGGCGAUGCCGUACCUCUACUCGGAGGCUUACCGCAGUCAUAACUACGCACGCGCGAGCUACUGUGCGGCGUCAACGUUGCUGAAUUGGUCAUGCGGGUCUGUCUGCAACAUGAUUCCCGGCUUUAAACCCUACACCACCUUUUACAGCUCCAAAUACAACACCUUCGGCUUCGGUGGUGUGGAUACCUCGAAUCAGCAGAUCGUUCUCGCCUUUCGCGGAAGCAACAGUGCAACUAACUGGCUGUACAGUCUUACCUUCCUCUUCAGGGAGUACAAUACCUCUUCCAGCUGUGGCAAAGGAUGUCAGGUGCACCUCGGCUUCUAUGCUUCCUACCUGUCUCUGCAGUCGCAGGUGAGAGCGGCUGUGUCAGAGCUUGUGACCAAGUUUCCCGACUACCAGGUGCUCGUCACCGGCCACUCUCUCGGCGGCGCCCUCGCCGUUCACGCCGCGGUCGAUCUGCAGGAACAGUUUAACAGCAUGUGGAAGCCUGGGAAGCCCGUCGCGCUCUACACCCUUGGCGCCCCGCGCGUCGGCAACCCGACUUUCGCGAGGUGGACGGCGCAAAUCCUGGCCCGUGGCCCGCACUACCGCAUCACUCACUGUCGCGACCCCGUGCCUCACCUGCCCCCCAUGAGUUUCGGCUUCUUACAUGCGCCGACGGAGGUGUUCUAUCGCACGAGGGCAAACGACAGUAUGGUGAUCUGCAACGACAGCCCGGUGGCUGAGUCGCGCAAGUGCAGCAAUAAUAUGCUCCCCAUUUCGAUUAUGGAUCAUCUUAGGUACUUUGGCGAAAGCACAGGCUGCUCGUGCGAUACCUGCGCGGGUUCGCGGUCCAUCGAAAGUCAGGCCACAAUGCCGAAGUGGCUGUACGCCCGCCUCAUAUGGGAACACCUCAAGAGUGGCGGCGGUAUGUGGAGCACAGCGACGCUGCAGUGA